UAUCCAAGAACUCAAACCGGGAUAAUCCAGCAGUAAGCAUCUUCCAGCAAGCUGAAUUAGAAGGAUCAAAGCCAUGACCACACUAAGGAAAGAUUCAAAACAAAUGGGUAAAGUGGAGGCUUUUAUCGAUUUCUACCGUUACGAGGAAGAAAGAAAAAGGCAAAAAGCAGCUUGUAUAAUUCAGAGAUCCUGGAGAAGAUGGCUGGAUAUUGGUGUGUUUGAGUACUACAAAGAUCUAAUAGGCUUUAAGAAAUGUGGGGAGCCUUCACAUCUGAUGAGGUACAUUGAACCUAAAGAGGCGGAAUUCUUAGAUGCUGCAGCUGGGGUUCAUAUCAGAUUCAGACUAGGUGGGAUUAAAUUCCCUCCAUGCAUAUAUUACAAAAUAUUCACCCACAGAUGUGUUGUGGAUAUGUGUGCUAACAGUCCUAAGGACUAUGCAAAGAUUGCAACCCAAAAAGGGCAACAAGGAAAGUCUCAGAAAGAAAGCAGGAGGGACUUGAGUGGAUGGUACCAAAGAAUAGAGAAUAAUGGCUGGAGACUUCUUUCUCCCAGGUUUUGGAAGGCCCUGGACAUUAUAACUACUGAAGACAACAAGAAAGUAAAGAAAUUUCAUUAUAGCAAGGUGCAGAGGAAACAAGAAAUGGAAAAAAGAAGGAAAAGGAGAAAAAUAGAAUGGCUGAAAAAAAUGUAUUAUGGAGAACACCUAACAGUUAAAACUCUGGACCCAGGAGAAACAGCCUUAAUCCAACGAGCAGCAGAAGGGUUAAUUGCCAGCCUGGGAAAUGAAGGACUUGAUAGUGUGAUGGAAUGGGAAGUGGAUGAAAUGUUAAAAUGGACAAAUGCGCUCAACUAUGAAGAGUACGUCAAGCAAUGGAAAGUACUUGGAACGAGCAAGCUUUCGGAAGAAUACCAAGGUUUCUGGUUUACUGAACGCUACAAAGAUUCUGAAUCAUCUGAGAUACAAGAGGUACAAGAGGCGAUCCAAAAGGUGGCUCCCUUUCAAGAGAAAAAGAGUUUGAUAAAGAAACCGUCGGUAUCAAUAAGUUCCCUGUAUAACUGAGGAAGGAUUUCAGAAGGGGGGAGCGGCUGGAAACUUUACAACUAUUAAAUGCAAUGGUAAAUUCUUAAUCUAAGGAAAGUAAAACCUCAGGAGACAGAAGUAAUUCAGCAAGAAAAAUUAGAGAAAACAUCUGUUGUUGCACAAGUUAACCUUGUCCUUGUAUCUGCUGGCAUAUGCACACACACACACUAUCAAAAUCAAUACAAAGUUGGAUCUAACAGUACAGUGUUCUAAAGUUUAAUUACUUGAAGCAUGUUCUGAAUUGUUAAAUAAAGAGCACUCAAUUUUA